GUGGAGAUGAAGGAGAGGGAGGUCCCCGAUGCACACUUCACAGUGGAUAAGCAGAACGUCUCCCUCUGGCCUCCAGAGCCUCCUCCCAAGCCUGAUCUGUCUCCAGUCCUAAGGAAACCUCUCAGCCUCCGUGUGGCCUUCGUCUGUCUGGCACUGGUGCUGGUCGCCUCUAUUGUGCUUCAAGCUAUUUUCUAUCCCAGGUUGAUGGACAAAAUAUUGGAUGUCAAGAGUGAUGCUGAGAUGUUGAGAGGUCGUGUGGACAAUAUCAGCACCCUGGGUUCUGCUCUUGAGAAGGACAGAGGCCGUGUGGAGAAGGCUGAAGUUCAGAUGCAGACACUGAACACCAGCCUCACCCGCGUGCAUUCUCAGAUUCUGUCUUUGAGGACCAGCAUGGCACAAGCCAGUGUUCUGAUUAGUGAGUUAACAGGAAGAUGGGAGGAGGUUGAUAAUCUCAGUUCCAAACUCCCAGAGCUGCAAAGAGAUCUGGAUAAAGCCAGCACCUUAAAUGCAAAGGUCCGGGGACUACAGAGCAGCUUGGAGAAUGUCAACAAAGUGCUUCAAAGACAGAGUGCCAUUCUGAAGAUGAUGUCUCGAGGCUGGAAGUACUUCGGGGGGAACUUCUAUUACUUUUCACACACCCCAAAGUCCUGGUACAGUGCAGAACAGUUCUGCAUUUCUAAGGAAGCUCAUCUGACCUCAGUGACCUCAGAAUCAGAGCAAGAGUUUCUCUACAAGGCAGCACAUGGGCUUCCACUCUGGAUUGGUCUCACCAAGGCAGGGAAUGAAUGGUACUGGGUGGAUGAAACAUCAUUCGACAUGAAACAAAGUGAGAGGUUCUGGAUUCCAGGUGAACCCAACAAUACCGGGAACAAUGAACAUUGUGCCAAUAUCAGGGUGUCCUCCCCCCGGGCCUGGAAUGAUGCUUCCUGUGACUUUAAGUUCCUUUUCAUCUGUAAGCGACCUGGCAACCAGGAAGUCCCAUGA